AUGGAGGCGUCACGAGGCCCUCCCCGGGUCAAGAACAAGGCCGCUGCGCCGAUCCAGAUCUCUGCGGAGCAGUUGCUCCGCGAGGCCGUGGACCGGCAAGAGCCUGGCCUUCAGGCCCCGACACAGCGCUUCGCUGACUUGGAAGAGCUCCACGAGUACCAAGGCCGCAAGCGCAAGGAAUUCGAGGACUAUGUGCGCCGCAACCGUAUUAACAUGAACAAUUGGAUGCGCUAUGCAGCAUGGGAACUAGAGCAGAAAGAAUUUCGGCGCGCGAGAUCAAUCUUCGAGCGUGCCCUCGAUGUCGACUCGACCUCCGUCGUCUUGUGGAUUCGGUACAUUGAAGCGGAGAUGAAAACCCGGAACAUUAAUCACGCUCGCAACCUCCUCGACCGCGCUGUGACGAUUCUUCCCCGUGUCGAUAAGCUCUGGUACAAAUAUGUCUACAUGGAGGAGACUCUUGGAAACAUCCCUGGUACUCGGCAGGUCUUCGAGCGCUGGAUGUCGUGGGAGCCUGAAGAGGGAGCAUGGGGCUCUUAUAUCAAGAUGGAGAAGCGGUAUAAUGAGUUUGACCGAGCACGCGCGAUCUUCCAGCGCUUCACGAUAGUGCAUCCUGAACCGAAGAACUGGAUCAAAUGGGCUCGUUUCGAAGAAGAGUAUGGAACGAGUGAUUUGGUCCGCGAGGUGUACGGCAUUGCGAUCGAGACAUUGGGAGAGGACUUUAUGGAUGAGAAGCUCUUUUCAGCUUAUGCCAAGUUCGAGGCUAAGCUGAAGGAGUUUGAGCGCGCUCGGGCGAUUUACAAAUAUGCCCUCGAUCGCCUACCGCGCUCUAAAUCGAUGAUCCUGCACAAGGCCUACACAACUUUCGAGAAGCAGUUUGGUGACCGGGAAGGCGUCGAAGACGUCAUCCUGUCCAAGCGCCGAGUCCAAUAUGAGGAGCAGCUCAAGGAGAACUCUAGGAAUUACGAUAUCUGGGUUGACUUUGCACGACUUGAGGAAACCGCGGGCGAUCCGGAGCGUGUACGAGACAUCUACGAACGUGCCAUUGCACAGAUCCCCCCUUCACAAGAAAAGCGACACUGGCGCCGCUAUAUCUAUCUCUGGAUCUUCUAUGCUAUAUGGGAAGAGAUGGAGGCCAAGGAUAUUGAGCGUGCGCGUCAGAUCUACCAGGAAUGCAUUAAGCUGAUUCCCCACAAAAAGUUUACAUUUGCCAAGGUCUGGUUGAUGAAAGCGCAAUUCGAGAUCCGACAGAUGGAAUUGCAAACUGCACGGAAGACAUUGGGUAUGGCGAUCGGCGCUUGCCCCAAGGACAAGCUUUUCCGAGGCUACAUCGACCUAGAGCGGCAGCUAUUUGAGUUCGUCAGAUGCCGAACCCUCUACGAGAAGAAGAUCGAAUGGAACCCCUCCAACAGCCAAUCUUGGAUUCAAUAUGCCGAACUUGAACGUGGCUUGGAUGACCAAGAGCGCGCGCGGGCCCUCUACGAGUUGGGCAUUGAACAGCCGACUCUUGACAUGCCGGAACUGGUGUGGAAAUCCUACAUUGAAUUUGAGGAGGAAGAAGAGGAGUACGAGCGCGUUCGUGCGCUGUACGAACGUCUCCUCGCCAAGACAGACCACGUGAAGGUGUGGAUCAAUUACGCCCGAUUCGAAGUCAAUAUACCCGAGGAGGAAGAAGAGGAAGAAGAGGAGGAGCGGCCGGUCAGCGAGGAUGCCAAGCGUCGUGCCCGUGCCGUCUUCAACCGGGCUCACAAGGUGUUCAAGGACAAGGAGAUGAAGGAAGAGCGCGUGGAGUUACUCAAUGCUUGGCGUUCGUUCGAGAACACUUACGGCUCGCCGGAGGACAUCGACAAGAUCGAGAAGCAGAUGCCGCGGCGGGUCAAGAAACGCCGCAAGUUGGAGGACGAUCGGUACGAGGAGUACAUGGACUACGUGUUCCCUGCGGACGACCAAUCAGCCGCGAAUCUAUCGCGGCUGCUCCAAAAGGCGCACCAGUGGAAACAGAGUGGGCAGACUUAG